CACGUUAAUCUUUUGUGAACAUCAUCAAACAACCACACCUACCGACAAAAUUAGAUGUCGCGGUAACGUAGUUUUUAAACUUUUGAGUUUAACUUAACAUAGAAACCCCAGGAGAGCACUGAGAGCAGCACAAAUAGGAAGAAGACCGUUGCAAGAUGCGAUGGUUGGGUAGGCCAAGAACGAGGUGGAUAGACAUAAUUGUCAGAGAUCUUGAGGAUGAAAUCCAGAACCCAGAGGAAGCGAGGGAAAUGGCUCGAGAUAGAGACAGAUGUAGAGGAACUGUAUCAGCCUAAUGCCACUGGCCAGUGCCGGGAAGAUAAAGUUCUGUUGCUGAGUUGCGUCUGCGCGCUGGCCACGUGCCUGCCCAGGCCCGACCAGGGCAAUCAAGGUCAGAAGAAGGUCACGGUCACCCAAGCCGCCCCUGUGUACAAGAAACAGAACAGCGCCAAUUUCCAUCACGCCUCCUCAGUGGGGGGCUUCCAGACGCCCUCCUCUGGCGGCUAUCACGGCGAGGGCACGCCUACUUACACAGGGGCAGAAGGUCAAGGUCAUUACGGAGGGGGCAUCAUCUAUACGGGCCUCCCGGGGCCUGGGGAACAUGCGAUGUCCCCCUCGACGUAUCAUGGAACGCCCAAUGCCCACAACUUCGGGUACGAGGUCUCCGACUCCCUGCUGGGCAACAAACACGGGCACAGCGGCUACUCCGACGGCCAGACUACCCAGGGGGAGUACCGCGUCCUCUUACCCGACGGGAGAACCCAGGUGGUGACGUACUCCGCCGAUCCCAAGAGCGGCUUCAUGGCCCGGGUGACCUACGAGGGGCAGGCCAAACCCUACGUGCCCCCAGAGAGGCCUCAGUACACUGAGAGCGCCCAGUACCCCUCUGGUUUGGCUUAUUCUCAGUGAUAGUUUCCGUCUUUCUGAUUUUUGAAAUUGUUGAGGAAGUGGAGAGGGCAUGUUUGGGGUACUGGGUAUCGAGAAGGACUUGUAUUAUGUUUAGGUAUAGUAAUGGGAGUCAUGCGUCUAUGAUAUAGUGCAUGAAUAGACUUAACAUGGCCAAGACACUCAAAAUAAAAUAUUCAAUAUUUUAUCAGCAGGUCUUAAAAAUGUGCAAUAUUUUAUCAGCAGGUCUGGAAAAUUGUCUACAUUUUAUCAGCAGGUCUUGAAAAUUCAAUAUUUUAUCAGCAGAUCUUGAAAAUGUUCAAUAUUUUAUCAGCAGGUCUUGAAUAUGUGCAAUAUUUUAUCAGCAGAUCUUGAAAAUGUUCAAUAUUUUAUCAGCAGAUCUUGAAAAUGUUCAAUAUUUUAUCAGCAGAUCUUGAAAAUGUUCAGUAUUUUAUCAGCAGAUCUUGAAAAUUUUCAAUAUUUUAUCAGCAGAUCUUGAAAAUGUUCAGUAUUUUAUCAGCUGAUCAUGAAAAUGUUCAAUAUUUUAUCAGCAGAUCUUGAAAAUGUGCAAUAUUUUAUCAGCAGAUCUUGAAAAUGUUCAAUAUUUUAUCAGUAGAUCUUGAAAAUGUUCAAUAUUUUAUCAGCAGAUCUUGAAAAUGUUAAAUAUUUUAUCAGCAGAUCUUGAAAAUGUUCAGUAUUUUAUCAGCAGGUCUUGAAAAUGUUCAAUAUUUUAUCGCCAGAUCUUGAAAAUGUUCAAUAUUUUAUCAGCAGAUCUUGAAAAUGUUCAAUAUUUUAUCAGCAGGUCUUGAAAAUGCGCAAUAUUUUAUCAGCAGGUCUUGAAAAUGUGCAAUAUUUUAUCAGCAGGUCUUGAAAAUGCGCAAUAUUUUAUCAGCAGGCCUUGAAAAUAUUCAUUAUUUUAUCAGCAAAUCUUGAAAUCAUUCAGUAAUUUUAUCAGCAAUUUUUGAAAAUAUUCAAUAUUUUAUCAGGAAAUCUUGAAAAUAUUCAGGUCUCAAAAAUGUUCAAUAUUUUAUCAGCAAAAAUCAUAUUCCCAAGAUGCAAGUGUAGAAAGACGAUAAUACCCUGUUUUGGAAAGUGUCAUAUAUUUCCCAUACAUUUAUGUCUCUUCCAAAGUGUUAUAAAAUUAUAUUAUAUCAUAUAUUUACCACUUGGGAAUAGAUUAAACUUAUGAA